UUCAGGUAAUUAUAGUUAAGUGCAUCAAGGUACUGAUACUUUUUUGUUGUUUUACCUCACCUGGGACUUAUCUAACCUGGGACUAAUCCAAACACCACAAACACAGACAAACUUUAUUCUACUUAUCAUUGAAAGCCUUAAUUUCUGUGAUGUCAACAGUUUAGCUGUUGCAUGUGGUACGUUUAUAUCUCUUAUCCUGUAUAAUGUCUUGGAGUCCAAGUCCUUAUGAUUUUGACAACUACUUUGAAGAUGAUGAAGGAAUUACAGAUAAUAUUGAUAAACCAAAAAAGUCUAAAAAGGCGAAGGCUAAGCUGUCACUUGCCUCUCAGUUACCAAGUGCACAAGCAUACAACAGUGCAGCAGGAAUAAGUUUAACAAGGAGAGCCAUGAGUAAAAGUAGAAAAUCAGCAAAUAAAACAAAUAAUGAAGAAGUUAUCAACAUGCAGACAUAUGACACAUUUGAGGAUGAUGCAGCACCUUACCCUUCAGCUGGCGGUACAUUACAACUUACAACCUCAGCCAUAAUGACCAAUAAUUUACUUGAAGAAUUAACAUAUAAAGAUAUGGAAAGCUUAAAAGAAAUGAAAUGUUGCAUGGCAGAAAAGAAAAGGAUACGGAAGGAACUAAUGAGCCAACAAGAAGGAAAAACAAAAUCUGGCACUUCAUCUACCAAUAAUGUGAAAUGGAAAAGAUUUAAAGAAGAUUCAGCUGACAUGUUACGACACGUACAACUAUGGAGAACUUCAAUACAUGAGGUGGAAGGUCGAUUUGGAAACGGGAUCCGAUCUUACUUUGCGUUCCUCCGAUGGUUGUUCAUCCUUAAUAUUUACAUUUUCCUCCUCAUGUUCGUGUUUGUGUGCGUUCCUACUGUUGCAUUUGAGAGUCUCGUUCAUUCUGGUGUCAACAUAUCAUCGAAUUCACUGAAUGGAAACAAUGUAUCAGCGGAGUGUGCAUACAACCCGUACGAUCCAAAUGCUGUCAAUUCAUUCUCACAAUACGUCAUAUGGUUUUUCACUGGCCAGGGCUUUAUGGAGAAAACUCUUCUAUUUUACGGCUACUAUUCCAACUCAGCCACAACAAUAUUCUCGGAUGGUUUUCUCUUUUACUACGAUAUCCCACUUGCCUACUUGAUGGUUGCUUUCUUUUACUUCUUGCUCACUUUAGUCCUUUUAGUUAGAAGAGCAGGAGCAGGGUUAAAGGAGUCUUUACUGAGUAAUGAAGAUAGGUUUUACACAUAUUGUAAUAAAGUAUUCUGUGGAUGGGACUUCUGUAUAACUGAUGAUCACUCAGCAGAACUUAAACAUAGCAGUUUAAAGUAUGAGCUACAGACUGAUUUGGAAGAGGAGAGAAUACGCUUGCGUCAAUCAAGUCGGACGAGUAAGGAGAAAUGGAUUCUUUACACGAAAAGAUUCUUCAUCAACCUUGUAGUGGUUGGAAUAUUAGUGGCUUCACUUGUGGCAAUCUUCUAUGCAGCGCAGUAUGCACUUGGGAACGGAGAUACAUUCAACAACAAUUUCAUGUUAGAUCUCAUAGUUACUUACCUGACGUCAAUUGUUAUAACGGUUGCUAACUUCAUUGCUCCACUCAUAUUUGGGUUCCUUAUUAUAUAUGAAGAUUAUUCACCAGCUUUCACCAUUAAGUUCACACUCAUAAGAACCGUUUUCCUACGUUUGGCAUCUGUUGUGUUUCUCUAUGUGGUGGUUUACCUUCAGAUCAACUGCAGUAAAUAUGACAUCGUAUCAACAGAAAUACGACCGAACUGCACCUUCUGUGAGGGGGUUGAGUGCUGGGAAACUUACCUUGGGCAAGAGAUGUAUAAGUUGACCAUCAUGGACUUUUUCAUUGUCCUUGCUGUUACUUUGUUUGUGGAGUUUCCAAGAAAGUUAAUUGUAGAAAACUGUAGCUGUGGCCUUGCUAAAUGGUGGGGCCAGCAAGAGUUCUCAAUCCCUGAGAACGUUCUUGACAUUGUGUAUGCCCAAACUAUUGGGUGGAUCGGUGCUUUUUACGCUCCAUUGCUUCCAGUCAUAGUUGUCGUAAAAUUCUUCAUUUUCUUUUAUUUGAAGAAGUUAUCGUUAACGUACAACUGCAGACCUGCCACAAGACCAUACAGAGCAUCUCGUUCCGGGACUUUCUUCUACAUAAUAUUGUUAGUUGGUUUUGUUGUCGCGGCUUUUCCUGUGGUUGUCAGUGUGGCAAUUUUGGAACCAAGUAAAGAUUGCGGUCCAUUCCGUGGUUGGACGACCAUGUUUUACGCCAUCACAGCUUCAAUACAAACACAACCUGGAUGGUUGCAAUCCAUCUUAUGGUUCGUUGGUUCACCUGGGUUUGCUAUCAUUAUUGGUGUCUUGUUAUGCCUUGCUCUCUAUUACUUUGUGGCAUUGAGAACCGCACAUAAAAAGAUGAUUUCUUUACUAAGAGACCAACUUACACUGGAAGGAAAAGACAAACAGUUUCUGCUAUCCAGGGUAACUAAGUUGACAAAGGAGUUACAAGAUGCUGGGAUUGAACCUAAUUUAAACGGGAAGCUCAAAAAUGGCGGUGUUCGGCGGCGAAAAUCUGGUCACAGUAAUGGCCGAUUGAACGAAGGGUAUGAACCAAACAUGUCGUCCAAUGUUGAUGGACCAGAUAAUAUACCUGGCCAACCAGAUGUGGACGAACUAAGAGACCGAGACAUCCCAUAAUGACAACACACAUCCAUGACUGUAUUAUAUGAUUUGAACCUCAACAAAGCUAUUAGCUACCCAUGGCACCUUAUGAAACAUCAUCAUAGCGAUAUAUUGCAUGACAUUAAUCUGCACAUAACCUGACACCGGUACUUACAACAAAACAAGGUACUAUUAUCAAAAUUUGAGUUUAAGAAAAUUAUAAAAGUGAAUACUCCACACAUCGGCAUCGAAUGAAUGUUUAUGUCACUGUCAACUGUUGCACAAAACUUGUGAAAAAUGACUUGGUUUAACCGAAUGAUAAUUCACUUAGAUUUAGUUGUACAUUGCAAUACUAUAUUACUAUCUUCAUUUUAAUGCUUAUAUGAGCUGUAAUUUUUACUCAUUUUCUUUUUUAAAUUUAUGAACUGUUUUAAUUCUUAACCUUUUUAUAACAUGCCACUUAUAAGGCCUUAUAAUAUUUUAAAGUACUGAACCACUAAGAAUAAUACAUACGUAAAAUUUCUUAGCUAAACUGGCUGAGAACCAUUGCUCUAAAAGAUAUUAUCUCAUUGUUAGUUCACCGUAUAAGUGCUCCUAAUUUCCUGUAUAUUAACCACUGUACUAUUUUAGCAAACCCCAUUUAUCUAAACAAACCAAAAUACCAAACCUUGUACGAUACGAUUAGGAGAUUUGUAAAUAUUUGGUAUUCGCGCACUUCAAUCUUGGCUCAUAUUAUUUUAGUUCGUUGUUAUUUCAAUAAAAGUUGUUAAAC